AUGAAUUCCUACCAAUCUGGACAAACUCCUCAACCACUCUACGGUGAUAUACAAGAUUCUGAUAAUUUAGAAGCUGGACACGCUGUAGGCGCAUGGGAGACCCGCUUUGGUUGGAGAGUUGACGUAGAAGCCGCAUCAGCGUACGUCUUAGGACCUAUUAGUGCGCUCUUACUUCUGAUAUUUGAAACAACCUCGGAUUACAUACGAUACCACGCUUAUCAAUCUGCAUUACUUUCGGCUAUACUUGCUCUCUUACACUUCGUACUACUCAUUUUACGCUUCCCAUCAAUCUUCAAUUGGUGCGCCAUUUUGUUGGACAUUUUCGCACUAGGAAAGACAGCUUUGCACGCAUACAGGGAUUCACAAAGUUUAGAGAGGUACCCACUACCUUACAUUGGUGAAAUUGCCAAUCGCUGGGUCGGUGAGGAGUGA